CGCAGCGGACGACUGCGCGUCGCGAUUUUAAAUAUAAAUUCGUUGCAAAACAUGAGUGAGGAUCCAUUAGUUUAUUUGCCAGUUGGAAGGUGGGGAGAGUUAAAAGCUGUUUUUAAAUCGGACUGGCCGCGCAGUAUAUCUGGUUUUACAACACUCGAAAACAUUGAAUACAUUUUAAAACAAGGUAUUGACUAUGGAUUCAAAGUGUACUGUCCUUACGGAGAACCGUCAAACGGAAUGGUCGCUUUUAAUCUCAAGAAAACAUUCUAUGAAAUCAUAAUUCAGUCACCAAAUGAUGAUACAAGCAAACUGGAAGAUGCAUUAAAGACAAGCAAAUUAAUAGAUUGGUCUCGACAAAUUGCAGUGCCCUUUGCACCGAAACAUGUUAUGGACUGCGUAAGGAGAGUUAAUUUCGAGAAAAACAUGAAGACCGUAUUUACAAGGACGGAAACAUUUAUUUUACAUAAAGAGACGCCAUUAUUUAAGGAUCUCAGUUUACCAGAUGGAUUUACGUUUAAACAAUUGACACUCGAAUACUUGGAUUUAGUUGAUUCGACUUGGCCGCAUAGAUACGACGGCUCUCGCUGGUAUUUUGAUCUUCUAACCCGAGCCAACUUAGGAUUCGGAUUAUUCAAACAAAAUGACUUAAUUGCAUGGGUUUUCAUCAAAGAAAUGGGAGCUCUCGGUCACUUGUACACAUUAGAGAAUCAUAGACAAAAAGGGUAUGGUGAAUUAGUUUUAAAAUUAAUAUCAAAUAUUUUAUUGGAACAAAAGAGAUAUGUCGUCGCCUUCUGUGUUGAGGGAAAUAAAAGUGCUUAUAAGUUGUAUAAGAAAUUAGGAUUUGAACGUACUGAUGAAAUUGAAUGGUGUGAAUUGACUCCUUUGUAAUAUUAUAUCUAUUAAAAUUAUUAUAAAUAUUAAACUAAAUAAUAAAUUAUACUAGAAAAAGCAGCAAGAAAGUAGUACUUUGAUAUCACAGGAUAUUUUAUAAAAUAUAAUAAGUUACUACAAAUGUACUUAUACUUUGGUAUUACUGGUAAUGUUUUGAAUUCGUAAAGUAACUACGAUAAUUAAUUAUUCAUACGAGUACCACUCACCCUGAUGAAGUGUAACCGAUGGGCUCGAAACUAGUCGGUGCCGCCACCGGACGAAUAUACAAACGUGGAUUAAACAUACUCUUACUGUGAACAAUGCUGUAUGACACUUAAAAAUUAAUGCCUUUUCUUGCCAUUCACAAUAAUAUAAUAAUAAAUACAAGUAUACAGCCCUGGACUAGAUAAGUUUACGGUCCACCAACCUUGACCAAAAGAUUGUAUAAUAUGUAACGACUUCGUUCACCGUUCAGCAAACUAUAUCAUACGAAAAUUAAAAAAUACUUGUUUACCAAACUAUGGCAUACAAACUAUAAAUACUACAAUAAUACUAUUGUAGCAAGAUUUCUUUUUUGAAGAAAAGCAAAAAACAAAGUUAAAAAUUAUUUCAUAGGUAUCGUAUAUUUUUAUAAAGUUGUAUGUAUGGUAUACUAUACAAAAUGAACACAUGAACAUAAGAAAUGUAAAGAAAUUUGCUGACCACCCCGAAGAUCGUUUUCCAAUCAUUAUUAGUCAACCAAAAAAUGUCACAGGUACUAUUAUCAUUAGUUAAAAAUGAUUUAAUAAAUAAAUUAUUACUUUAUCUACAAUAAUAGAAAUAAAUGAGUCAGACAUUGGGAAGAACAGCUGGGAUUUCCCAGAAACGAGCCAGACAAGGCAAAUUCGUGUCGCAGCUGUUUUAAUUAGGAUUGCACCACAUAAAAUAAAUAACAAUUCAAGUUUACACAAUGAAAUAUUUCACAACGAGAAGCAAAGGAAAAUAUUCAUAUAUGUAUCCACGCGGACGGAGUCGCGGGCGACAGCUGGUUUUUGUAUUUUUAUUUAAUGAUUAAACACAAUAAGCAAAUCAAAAUCAAGUCAAUAAUUGUGUUCCCCGCAGGCGUUUAAUCAAAAAGUUUUCAACAAACUUUGCUAUUACAAUAUUGAAGCAAAAACAAAUCAACGUGUUCUUGAGCUGCCAGGUAUAUAAUUCAGCAAAAUUAUCUCGAGAAUAUGAUAUUUUUGUACAUAAUCAAAUAUAUAAUUGUUGUAUUACCAAUUUAAAUUGCAUUCUUUCAUUUGCGGGAGUGCACUGGAUGCGAGCCGCACAGGACCGGGCAUUGUGGCAGUCGAUGGGGGAGGCCUACGUCCAGUAGUGGACAAAUUUAGGCUGAUUAUCAUGAUGAUUUAUAUUUAUAUAUACUUAUAUUAUUUAUAUAUUGAUUAAUCAAUUGCUGUUCGU